UUGCCAUCGAACAACGCACCUGAUGACAAUUUAUACCGGUAGCUCCUUCUUUUAUACAACCAUAGAUACCGGUAGUUCUCCCUCACCUUAGUGUAUGGGAGAGGGGACUGCCUUGCUGUCUUAACCUCCCCGAUUUUAAUCCUUUAGAGGUAGGUGACGUCUUCACAUGCGGCUUCUUGGCCAGUAUAGGUACCAGGUAAGAAGGAACGUGAGCCUCUCCCUAUGGAAGGUGGGCGAGUUAUCCGAGGUAAGUCUAAGCCUUCCUCUCACGAUAUGCCUGAUGGCAAGCUCCUGUGCGCAUGAAUGCUUCGCGGGCUUCCGGUUUCGAGCUUCUGCCACAAGCUUCCUCUGUCAUUUAUACUGCCGCUGUUUGCAACCAGAGGGCCAUAUUUUACCAACCGGCUCGUUCUUCCUUCCGGACUUCUUUUGCCAUCCAUCUUGGGGUCCUCGCCAAUGGUGCAGUGACCAUAACCUUCCACUCUUGUCAUCCAGCACACUUCACCCGACGGGAAACCAUAGACGCAAGUUCCGGCACCAUGGCGCUGCUCACGUUUCUAAAGCGCGUGAUGAGACUUGGCCAGCUGCCGCUCAUCCUGCUCUUCACGAUGCCCUUGUCGCUGCUCGCUGGCUUCACCACAGUCCUUGGCUUCUGGUUCCUCCUCGCGCGGCUUUGCUACGCGUAUUUCGACGCCGCCGUUGCCAGCGUCUGGUACUUUUUGGUGGGUAAGAGCCAUUCCGACGCCCCCGACUACGGCGGCGCGACAUCCCCCGGCUCGUCGCCGAGCCGCAGCCCGGGCCCGUUUCCGCCGCUGCCGGCCUAUUGGAGGGCGGGCCACGAGACGCCCAGCCGCCGCCGAAGCACCUCGCAGAUCGAGCAGUAUCUGGCCCGCCACGACGUCGACCUGAACGCAUGGAGGCACCCCGACUAUGAUCGGGAAGACCUGCAAACCAGGCACGACCGCGACUACGAGGACGUCUUCAUCGGCUCGUACUGGGUCGGUAACCUCCAAGACGAGCAGACACUGACCGACGCCCACAACCGGAGGAUGGACUCGAUGGAUCCGAUGUUGAAGGAGUAUAUCCGCCGGCAAAGGGCUCGUCGGGAGAGAGAGCGGCGCGAGUACGCCGCGCGCUCGCGGUCGGCCGCGGCCGGCCACCAGACGCCGACGCGGAACGGCGGGGCCACCCCGAAUGUGAAUGGGUCGGCGCACCAGUCGCCUCGGGACGGCGGGACGAACGGUGACAGUUCUCCCUCGCCUCAUCGCCGCCGGGUUAAUGGCAGCGGGGGGUUCAGUGUGCCGCCUGCCAUCCCCGAGUCGGAUCUGGAGGAUUCGUUCGAUGCCAGCAACGGUCUUAAGACGAGUCCAUGAUUGGCAGGAGAUGAGGAGUUUCCUAUCGUUGGUGUGGUUUGAUUGGGUUGGGUGGAUGAUGGGCGUCGAUCCUCGAGAGAUGGACAUCGCGCAGGCCCUGGAUGGUGUUUUAACCCCACUGCAUUGUGGUGUUUCCUGAAGCAGAGGGAUUACAAAGGUAUUGUCAAGCAAACAUGGUUAGCCGCGAAGACGGAAACAUCGCCUG